CACUGCUGUUAAUGGACACCCAAUCUAUCUCAGCUGUUUUACCUUGACUUUGUUUACAUUUUUCGAGUUUAUUAGCAUUUAAACAAAGUUUAAUCAUAAAUAAAAUGGCCUCUGCGACCAGUUCAAGUGCUCGGCAUUUAUUCGACGAGUCUAAGAAGCGAUUGUGUGUCCGCGUGGGUGAGAAUGCAAAUAAUUUGGGUUCUGUGGCCCGACAAGUAGUCCGAGGUUCCAAGAGCAAUGAGAUUAUGCACCAAACCCUGAAGAACUUCACCCAAGUGGACGUGGUCUCGGAUUACAGCCACCAGAAUCUGCAGAAGAUGACGCUGAUUCUGCAGCACGUGGGCUACCAGUACGAUGUGAUGCAGGACAGUGUCAACCACUUGGAUUACCUCAAGGAGCAGGUGACGGCCAUGGAAAGAUGAUUGGAAGAGCAAAAGCCUAGACACUAGCAGCACCCUUGACCUCCGCCAUCUGUUUAAUUUGUCCCAAGCCAUCUAUCCAUAAAUAUCUAUAAAUCCCGAAAGAUAGUCCGAGAAGGUCAGGGGCCACCAAAAGAGUUGGGUCCGCCGAUAAGAUAAGCCGUGUGUCUUGGAGUUCCCUUAUAAAAGACCUGAACCACAGUGAUUUCCAUCACAGUCACGGGCAAUCAAAGAGAAAAUGACGAGCUUGGAUUUCAGACUGGCAGUAGCUCUCUGGCUAAUCUGUACGUCGGCUGCCCAGAACUCCACGGAUGUCGAACAGGAUGGCCGCAUUGUCGGCGGCUGGGAGACGCACAUCACCUUCUUUCCGCACCAAGUAUCCCUGCAGUUGGGCACCCGGCAUGCAUGCGGUGGAACCAUCAUUUCGCCCAACAUCAUCUUGACUGCUGCUCACUGUGUGCUGGAGUACAGUAAACCGCAAUAUUACGUGAUUCGAGCCGGAUCUAGCGAUUGGACGAAGGGCGGCAGCUAUAUUCGCGUCAAAAAGAUCAUUCCGCAUCCUGAGUUCCAUGACCCCACGAGGAUGAACAAUGACAUUGCCAUUGUUCAGCUGCAGCAACCCCUUGUCUAUAGUCAGGAUAUACGACCCAUAAGCUUGGCCACCAGUAAGGACAUCAUUAUGCCGACCGCACAGCUUUUUGUAAGCGGCUGGGGCAGCACGUCGAUCUCACAAAUGCAGCCGGAAAAGCGUCUUCGCUACACCGUUGUCCAUCUGAGAGAUCAGAACCAGUGUGCCAGAAACUAUUUCGGAGCUGGCACCGUGACCAACACCAUGUUCUGCGCGGGAACUCAGGCGGGAGGAAGAGAUAGCUGCCAGGGAGAUUCGGGCGGUCCACUUGUCACAUCUAUAGAUGGCCGUCUAAAGCUCUACGGCAUUGUGUCCUGGGGAUUUGGAUGCGCAAACGCCAUGUUUCCUGGAAUUUACACAAAAGUUUCGGCCUAUGACGACUGGAUAGCGCAGACAAUUGAGGAGCUGGUCUAGCCUAAUUUUAAACUGUAUUACAACAUAGAAAUAAUGGUCAAAACCACUGCUAAGUUUAAGUUAUAACGUAAUCCCAUAUAUACUAAUACGAAAUCUAAUACUUAAGACUUUUCACCUCUGUAAAUGAACCGUAUUAAACGCUAAUAACUUGCUAAUUUCAAGUUCAGAUG